UAUUUCCCCCGACGGGAAGGGCGAGGUUCUCGGUGUUACUCCCGGCCGCGCUAUUGUGCAUAAACCCGCUGCUAGGAAAGACCUUCCCGUGGGCUGAUCUGAAUGUCUCCGACUGUUGUGGCCGGCGGCAUCUGCCGUCCAGGUCACAAAAGAGGCGGUCGCAUUUGGGCGACGUCUGUCAUAUUGUGAUCGCGACUGUUUUCUAAGGAGCGCAUGGAACAUGAUCCCAUCCUCCUCCAGUUUAUUAUCACAACAGCCCUUUGAAGUAGGCUAGGCUGCGUGUGAGUGGCUCAGCUCAUCUGAUGAAGUGAGAUUUGAACCAGGGUUGCUCCAACUCAGUAUUCUGAAGAUUGCAACGUGACGGCAUCGCAGUAGUGGCAGUGCGGGCUGUGGAGGCAGAGCCUAGAACGCAAUGGGAGGAGUAGCACCUGCCUGAACAGCUGUGGCGCCUUCAUGGAAUCUUGCCCCACCUCAGGCUGUGCCAUGGGGAUAGCCAAGGAGACCACAGUACAAGUGGAUAGAGAUGCCAGCCUGUCCAUUUGCAUGGAGACUGGCUCAGAAAGCACUCGCUGGGGUGGGCAGAUUGAUACAGCUUUGGAGGCAGUGACCUCAACUGGAGCUCAUGUCACUGAGGCAGACACAGCAGUUGCUCCUGGUGUGGAAAGCUCUCUCCGGGAAGAAUGGCCUGUGCAGCAGAGCUCCGACUGCAAGAAGAGAGGCUGGGAGGCAGCAGAAAGCAAACCUCCUUCUAAAAAAGUGAAGAAGCAAGCUGAAGAGACAGACCGUUGGGAAGCCUGUGCAGUUGAGUUCCAAACGUCAACAGCUAUGGCUGUGACCCAUCCUGAAGAUGUGUCAGCGGCCAUCCCAUUGAGACCGAAACCUGCCCGUGGCCGGAAGCCCAAAAAGAAAGCAGAGGUUGGCAAAGGCCCCCCUCCUCAGGAGCCCAGAGUUCAAGGCGAGGUCCCUGGGCCUUUGGAGAAUGGCCCUUCCCUGCCUGUGAAGGUACCAAAGAAGCGAGGGCGCAAGUCCAAGGCAGAGCUGCUUCUAUUGAAGCUGUCGCAGGGACUGGAGUGCCAGUCAACUGAACCCCUUCAACCGCAGAAGUCACCGGCCAGCGACGAGAGCCAAGAUUGCCUGGCUACCACUCCUGGGGGACGCCCAAAGCGUCGGGCUGCUAAAGUAGCCCUUCUGUACCUCCAGGAACUGGCUGAAGAGUUGACAUCUGUCUGUCAGCCCCCCACUCAGGGAACAUCAGAGCCCCCCCUUGUGCCUCAGGAGCCCAGCAAGAAGCGCCGGGGUCGGAAGCCACAUGAGCAGAAACUGGAGAAUGAGGACGUGGACUUCGUUCCCUCGGAAGAAGGACUUCUGCAGGCUGCAGAGGAGGAGGAAGAGGAGGAGAAUGACCUGUUGCUGAGUGAGGUGUCUGAGCCCGAGCCAGAACAGAGCCUGCGGGGACCUGUGCGGCCCAAGGCUCAGUUCCGAGGGUUUGCUUCCAACGGUUUGCACAACUCUGUCAUGGCUCCUGUCUGGAAGUCUCUCAGGGUCACCCAUCGCUUGCGUGAGCAACUUCACUCUCACUGGGAGUUUCCAGAGUGGGUCCCAUCUGCUCGGAAAUGGACCUUUCUGUCAGAAAGUGAAAUGAGUGAAUAUCUCCCUGGGGAGACAAAAUCCCCUCUUUUCUCCAUCAAGCGGGAAGGUCUGCAAGAGGACAGCAGCAUCCUCUACCGGAUUAACAGGUUUAAUGCCCUGCAGCCGCACGAGGAACGCUUGGACAUGACCUUCUUUGUUGGGGGCCCCAUCUGGGCCAUGGAGUGGUGUCCAGCCCCUGAAGGCUCCAUGGCAUCCCAGUUCGUGGCCAUCUCCUGUAACCAAGGCAUGGAUGAGCGGCACAGUUUGGCUGGAGUCCAUACAGGGUCAGCUCUUCUUCAGCUCUGGGAGCUAGGACCCAUUCAGCCAGACAUGGGGUCUGCAACCAAGCCAAGACUGGCAUAUGCCAUUGCCACCCGCCAUGGCUGCAUCUGGGAUAUGAAGUUUUGCCCAAGUGGAGCUUGGGAGCUCCCUGCCACCCGUCACAAGUCUUUCCAGAUGAGCCGGCUGGGCCUACUAGCUGUUGCUUUCUCUGAUGGCAAGGUGCUACUGUAUAGCCUUCCGCAUGCCCAGGACUUGCAUGCCUACAGGAGAGCCCAGGUAACAGAUGGGCCAUCUCCACGGCACGCCAUCUGCAAGGUGCAGUGCGUGGCCACCCUACAAGUGGGCUCCAUCCAGGCACCGAGCCCCUCUGAAUGCGGGCAAUGUUUCAGCUUGGCGUGGAUGCCCACCAAGCCUCACCAUCAACUGGCAGCUGGCUUCUAUGAUGGCACUGUGGCCCUGUGGAACCUCACCAGCAAGUCCCUGCUGCAACGAAUCCGCCAGCCCGACGGCUCCCUCAAGCUCUACCCGUUUCAUUGCUUCCUUGCACAUGAUCACGCUGUGCGCAACAUCCAGUGGUGCAAGGCAAACAGCAAUUUCAUGGUGACAGCAGGGAAUGACCGCAAGAUCAAAUUCUGGGACCUGCGCCGGCUGCAUGAGCCCAUCAACAGCAUAAAGCGUUUCUUGAGCACAGAAAUUGCUUGGCUACUGCCUUACAGUGGGAUCACGGUUGCACAGGACAACUGCUAUGCCUCGUAUGGCCUAUGUGGAAUCCACUACCUGGAUGCUGGCUAUCUGGGCUUCAGGGCCUAUUUUGUGGCCCCUCGCAAAGGCACUGUUUGGAGCAUCUCUGGAUCUGAUUGGCUAAACUCCAUAGCUGCUGGAGAUGCCACAGGAGAGCUGGUGGCUGCCAUGAUGCCUGACCUGUCAGUCAACCCACACAAUGUCAAACGACCCUCUGAGCGCCGAUUUCCUGUCUACAAGGCAGAACUGUUGCCCUGUGGCCCAAUCAGUAUUGAUGCAAGGACAGGAGCCAGCGAGAAGCCACUGGUGGAGGGCAGGACAUACAGUGAGUCAGUGGCCCGGAACUACAUCCAUUUUCAGGACACUGACCUGAGGAGCUUCUUUAGGAGGAAGCCCCGGAAACCAACACUGGGGAAAGAAGCAAAAGAAGGGGAUGGACUCGGCAGGUUGCAGCUGGAAGCCGUGCACAAGGUCCGCUUCAGCCCCAACCUGGACUGCCACAGCUGGCUGGUAUCGGGGGGCCAAUCUGGCAUUGUUCGGGUGCACUGCAUUAGUGCGUUGGCUUCCCCUCCGAGCCGCAAACUCCUGCUUGAAUGCCAGGCCCAGUUCAGCGCCAUGUUCCAAGCAGAGGGCCAAGCGGAUGGGCCGGGAGGUGACCCGACUAUGCUGUAUACUGCAGUCAGCUGAGUAGCACCUGGGACCCCGCUGUUGUUUUGGCAUCGGUGCACAUCAUCAAGGGAUCCAGGCCACCUGCGAAACAUCCAGAACUCUGAUGGUCUCUUACAUAAUGCUAGCAUCUGGUGGACUAGCUGGGUCCUGGUUAGAACUCUGGGGGCCAGCCGGCUCAUGAAUGGACGGGCUGGAGAGAAGCACAAGGGGACAGAGGUGCAGCCGGCCAUUCUGACUUCCCCGAGCCCUCCAGCAGCGUUUGCCCCAUGAACCAUGGGCAGGUCCUGAGGAUGAGGAGCCCACCCCUAGCAGGACCUGUCCACCUGGGUGAGGGGCAUGUGAACACCUGGAAGGUCUGCCUCUCUUUUGGAUACCCUGUGCAUGACGCAAGGCUAUGAAAGAAGGGGGUUUUUCAACUUCCUUUGGCUGGGCCCAGCGGAAUACUACUGCCCCCCCAUCCCUGCAUGGGCCUCCCACUGAUCGGGGUUAGGCAGGUGGGGAAGCUUGCCACUUUCCAAAGACACCAAGAAGAGCCAGCUUGUAACCCUCCCAUCUGCCUGCCUCUUUGGGGGCCACAAUCUUGCUCACAUUGAGCUGUUUUGUUGUCUUACAUGGUAGUAAAGUGGAUUUUUGUUUUUAAA